CGCCCACCACAGACAGUCAACCCGAGACCCCAUAUAGAUUUAAAAAGAGAGGCUGCAUUCUCAGACUGACACUUAUUCAGCCCUGCCACCUUAAGCAGAUUACUUUUGCGCUGCUUGUGUCAAAUACGUGGCUCACUUUGCCUCUCCAUCAUGCUUGGGAUGCUCAAUCACCACCUCCACCCGGGCAUUUUUCUCUUCUUCAUGUGGCUUUGUCACCUCAUGGAACAUCAGAAGGUUCAAGCCGGGAACUGCUGGUUGCAGCAGGGAAGGAACGGGAGAUGUCAGGUCCUCUACAUGCAAGGGAUGAGCAAGGAGGAGUGCUGCCGGAGUGGAAGGCUGGGAACGUCCUGGACCGAGGAGGACGUUCCCAACAGCACGCUCUUUAAGUGGAUAAUCUUCAAUGGCGGAGCUCCAAAUUGCAUACCUUGCAAAGAAAGCUGCGAUAAUGUUGACUGCGGACCUGGGAAGAGAUGCAAGAUGAACAGAAGAAGUAAACCGCGCUGCGUGUGCGCUCCAGACUGCUCCAACAUCACCUGGAAAGGACCGGUCUGCGGCUUUGACGGGAAGACCUACAAGGACGAGUGCGCUCUCCUGAAGGCGAAAUGCAGAGGCCACCCCGACCUGGACGUGCAGUACCAGGGGAAAUGCAAGAAAACGUGCCGUGAUGUCUUGUGUCCUGGCAGCUCAACAUGCGUCGUGGACCAGACAAACAACGCAUACUGUGUGAUGUGUAAUCGGCUUUGCCCUGAGGCGACGUCACCUGAGCAGUACCUGUGUGGAAACGACGGGAUCAUCUAUGCCAGCGCCUGUCACCUGAGAAAGGCGACCUGUCUCCUCGGCAAGUCUAUCGGAGUUGCGUACGAGGGAAAAUGCAUCAAGGCAAAGUCAUGCGAGGACAUCCAGUGUAGCGGAGGGAAGAAGUGUCUGUGGGAUUCUAGGAUGGGCCGGGGCCGCUGCUCGCUCUGUGAUGAGUCCUGUCAGGAGAGUAGGACAGAUGAGUCGGUUUGUGCCAGCGACAACACCACAUACCCCAGCGAAUGUGCCAUGAAGCAAGCUGCUUGUUCUAAGGGGGUGUUGCUGGAAGUCAAGCACUCAGGACCUUGCAACUGUAAGUAAAUAACAAAAGCAAAAUGUGAAACAAAAGAAGCAAAACAUCCAGCAUCCCAGUCUGAGCAAGAGACAAUAUUCAUUGUUGCUUUCUCCAACAAAACAUCCCCUGACCCCCCCCCCCCCCCCCCCCGACUUUGCCCAAGCUCCUCCCCUCCAGCUGUGUUCAUCACCAAACUCAGUUUAAGCAAAACUGAAAGGACUUGGGAUUGGAAGAACCUGCAUGAUGUUCUUGUCGUUGGCUUUUGCUCUUGUGUUUUCUUUUUUCAUUCUAUUCGAACUAAACUGGCAAACAAGGUAACAGAAGUGGAAAAAAAGAAUAAAUUUCUCAUAAGCAGUCGGAGAAAAAUCCGAGGAAACCUAAAGGCAACAGCGAUAACUUCCUCCGUUUGUAGUGGAAUAAUCCUAAUGGUAGAGGGCAUGAUCACAUCAAGGAGGAGCCGCAGUCAUGCUCGGUUUUAUGGAAAGCAUCUUAACAGUUUGGAACUUCCUUCAAUGUGUUGGUGAUUUUCUGGCAAAGUUGUGUGUUUUUUCUUUUCAUUUCUGCAAACAAUCAACUGAUUAUGCACAACCUCUCGUGCCAUGCAUUACGCCCUAGAGUGGAAGAUGGUGUAAACAUCCACCCAUUGUUAGCAUGGGAUGCCAUGUUGAAAACAGUGAUAAUGGAUUUUAACAGUUGUGCAGUCAGUGAGUCUGUAGAUCGCAGAAUUAAAAAAAGAACAACAAAUGGCUCUUUGGAGUCGGAAAACAUCACAUGUACAUUCCAGGUUAGCUUUUUUCUCCUGAUUGAUUUAGGCAUCUGCCUCUAAGGCAAACAUUGUGAUCAUUUAUGGUGUACAGGAUGAGCAAAAGCGUGUAGAAUCACACUAUAGAUGAAAACUGGAACGUUUGCCUCUUCUUGUGUUUCCAGUGAUUGUGUUGUAAAGAAGAACAAAAUGUCAGAAAACACAAACCUGUCUGGAUGACAGAGGGACCGCUUGUUGUUGUUGUUUUUUUUUUCUUUGUAACUUGUCACUUCUUUACUUGCUUGUGUGCUUACAUUCAAUGUGUUCUAUGUAAAUCUCUGUACAAAAAGAAGAGAAAAUACCUCAUAAGUGUGUCAGUCAUGCAGAUUGCAACAUGUGACAGUCCUCCACUCCUGAGCAUCUGAGCCGCAACUUCAAAUCCUAAUCAGAGAAGAGCAACCAGCAAAUCCCAAAACACAAUAGCACUUUUCUGUGUUAUGUGUGUCUUCUUUCUGGAAUCUGCCCAAAAGAGACCCGAGCCACUGGAACCAUCUGCCUCACUUUACCUGCCUCCCAGUCCCAAUAACCCUUGUGACCCCCUCUAACCUCCCAUCCAACCCCUGACCUACGUUGUUUUCAUGCUACAGCACUGACUUGCUAUGUCAUACAAAUAGACAUGUGAACAUGUACUUACUGUUGUUGCCAAGUCACAUACACUCUUCCUCACUGAUCCAAACACUAACAUACAAGCAAAUACAAGAAGGAGGUUGUGUAUGA